AAAUGAUGAUAUACAAACAAAUAAACGUAUAAAAUUAUCUGAUCCAAAUGAAUUAACAUCAUCUUUAUUAAUAACAAAAUUAGAACAUGAAAAAGAACAAUUAACAAAUACAAAAAUACAUCUUGAAAAUCAAUAUCAAGAACAUAUGAAAUUAUAUGAAUAUGAAAAAUUUCAAUGGAAUGAAUAUAUAAAAAAACGUGAAAAUGAAUUUAAUCAACAAAUAGGACAUUAUCAAUAUUUACUUCAACAAAGUUUAGAUGAAAUAAUUAAAAAAGAUAAACAAAUAGAACAAUUAAAAAAAGAAAAUAAAGAUAUUGAUGAUCUUCUUCGUCAAAGUGUACAUGAUAAUGAACAACAAUUAAUUCAUAUAAGAAAACGUGAAGAAAUACAUAAUCAAACAAAAAGAAAAUAUGAAGAACUUUAUAAAGCUUAUAUAAAAUUGAAAGAUAAUUGUGCUACUCAACGAAAUAUAGAAAAAGAUCCAAUAGCUAGUACAAUUUCAAUUGCUAAUAAACCUAAAUCAACUAAAGAUGAUGUCAGAAAAAAGUAAGUUUAUAUUUCAAAAUUAAAAAUAUAUCAAUCGAUUUGUAAUUGUGAAACACGAUCUAAAAGAACUAUAUAAAAUAGAAACUUGCAUUUACCCACUCAAGUCAGGACAAAGGCUCAUCAAAAAUUAUAUAUCAAUAACGUCUCAUUUUAAUAUAUAAACAAUUAUCGACGUCUAAAAAUAUCAAAAUUUGAUUGAUUAGCAAUUGCCUCACUAGUUGGAUUGAUGCAAAACGGUGUUCGAAAGCCAUUUCUUCUUCGAUCUCUCCACACUCAUAAACUUUUUCCUAGGAUCUCUGAUUUCAACCAAUUGUCCUAUAAUCACUUGGUUUAACAGUUAGACAGAAGUAAUUCAUUCUGCUGAGAAUAAUAAUUUGUUUUUCGGUUCGUGUUGAUCUCACAACGAACUGAAAAAGAAAUAUCACCAUUCGACUUAGUAUAAUGAAUUACUUUUGCCUAAUAACUUUUUUUGGGCGAUUACAGGUCUACUAAUCUCAUUCUUCAAUAUGUUGACAACGGAGAAUAUUCCAACAGCCAUAACUCGGCUUCAGAGAAAACUUUCAAACCUUUUGUAAUCUUGCCGAGCCUUCUGUUUUUGAUAAAUAUGACCUCAAAAGAUAAGUUGUUGUUCAGAUGAUAUCCUAGUCAACAGAGAUGAGCACAGGACGGGGCGGUGCGAUCGUCCUGUAUCCUGUCCUGCCCUGUCCUGCAGGACAGGACGAUACUAAAAUUUUUGUCCUGUCCUGUCGAGCGGCAGGAUGGGAUUACACUGUGCAGUGACCAGAGCAGGAUGAAACUAAAGAUUUUGGCCUGUCCUGUUGAGCGGCAGGAUGGGGGCCAAUAAAGGACAGGACAGGACAGGCCAGGACGGAAAAUCUUGUCCUGUGCUCAUCUCUGCUAGUCAAUGAAUUCUAUGUAAUGAUAUAAGUUUUGUUUUAAAAAGCUUUUGAUCAUCUGGAUAGAUUCGUUUGUCAAGUAAAAUUAAAAGAUUUUUUUGAAGUUUACAUAAUCUUUAAGGCUAAGACAUUCUCUGUGAGCAUCUAUUAAUUUUUGAAUAUAUAUAAUUGAUUCUAUGAGGUUGGUUAUCAAGAAAUUAAUUGGUUCGGAUUUAAUUCAGUGACACUAAAAAAACAUAAACAAAUAGAUGCUAUUAUUUUCUUUGAAAAGCUAUUCAAUCUUUGUUUUAUCAGAGAUAAUUAUCUAGCAAUAUUCUUUAUUUAGAGCAAAAAAAAAAUAUGAAUUAAAUCAAAGAUAAAGAUUCUUGGUUUAUCUUAUCAUGAAUUAA